AUGCACUCAAAAGCCCUCAUAUCAGCCCUCGCGGCUACCCUCCUUGCCUGUGUGAGCGCGCAGACCACCACCGAGCCAGUCACUGGUACCCUUGGCAAUGCCACCGUCGUCAACAAUAACCCCGUGGGUGUCGUCUACGAGGCGACUCUGCCCACCAGGGAGUUUUUCAAUCCUGAAGAUCCUCGCGGCAACAUCAAGGGUUCCAUCUCUGCUACGGCCAAUCCCAACGGUGUUGGUGUCUCCUUCAAAGUCAGCUUCUCGAACCUGCCUACCAGCGGCGGUCCCUUCCUCUACCAUCUCCAUGCAUUCCCAGUUCCCAGUGACGGAAACUGCACGAAGACCCUAGGCCAUAUCGACCCCUUCCUUCGAGGAGAGACGCCUCCGUGCGACCCAACUCUGCCACAGACUUGCCAGGUCGGCGAUCUGUCGGGAAAGCAUGGCCACAUUACCUCUGAUCCCUUCGAGGUCUCCUACACCGAUGAUUACGCUUCGACUCUUGCCGGUCUGGGAUCUUUCUUCGGCAACCGUUCCGUGGUCCUUCAUUUUGCCAAUACUACCCGUAUCACUUGCGCAAACUUCACGCUCGUUGCGGGC